AUGUCGAUCCAUUUAGUUAACCGGGUACCACCGGAGACCAAGAUGUGGCUCUUGCAUAUUGGUAACCCUGUCGCUGACGAGGCUUUCUUCAUCACCGGUCCUUCAAGCAACCCACAGGACGGAAAUAAGCGGCGUUCCAUGGCUAUGCUGGCAGCUCUCAUCAGCCAUCCCGACGAGGGCUUGAUCCUCUUCGAGGUGGGAGCAGGCAAGGACGAUCCCGAGGUAUGGGGACACCCGCUUGUCGAUCUCUUUGCUCGUGGGGACUAUGCCGAGGAUCAAGAGCUCUAUGCGGCCAUUGCCAAGACAGGCAAUAGCAUUACAGACGUCAAAGCCGUCAUCAUCGGCCAUCUUCAUCUUGAUCACGCCGGUGGCUUGGAGCACUUUCGCAACACGGGCGAGCCCGUGUAUUGUCACGAGCUGGAAAUCAAGAACGCAUUCUACAGCGUAGCUACCAAAACAGACCUUGGCCUAUACUUGCCCACGUACCUCCAGUUUGAUAUCAACUGGCAGCCUUUCCACAGCGCCAACCUCGAAUUUGCCCGCAGCCUUACCAUUCAUCAUUGCCCAGGACACACGCCGGGCCUCUGCGUCUUGCAGGUAAAUUUGGAGAAGAGCGGAACCUGGAUCUUUACAUCGGACCAGUAUAUCACGCAGGAGGAUUACGACACUCUAACACCGCAGGGAUGGCUGACACGAGACCACAUCUCGUGGUCAAAGUCGAACCAGUUCAUUCACAACUUGCAGAAGCUCACCAACGCGAAGCUCAUAUUGGACAUGAUAAGGAGGUUCACUUUAGCUACAAGCUUGCUCCCGAGGCAUACGAUUGAGAUGUCCCGCAGGCGGCGCUAGGACAGCUUUUUGUUUUAUACUAUUUUCACUGUCCG